AGAAAGUCAGUAAUGGCUUAAAGUGACUGAAAUGUGCUCCGAAUUUAAGUGAGAAUGUGGAAGUACGUUGAACAGUUCGUGUCUUCACUAUUGAACUGUCAUACUGGCUCUGAACAAACAAGAUCAAGAACAACACAGACACAUCAAGAAAAUAAUGACGGUAUAGUGUCAGUGAAGAUGAAAGCAGACAGCCAGCGGUUAUAUGGCUUCAACUUUAAGAGUGGAUCAGGAGAGAAUAGUUCAGUUGUUGUAUCAAAUGUUUUGAGGAAAUCUCCAUCUGAUACUUGCCUACCUCGCCUAAACGAAGGUGAUGAGAUUUUAUCAAUUAACAACAACGAAGUUCGUGCAGUUAAACCAGAACAGAUCGAAAAGUUAAUUCAAGCUGCUGCUAACACGAGAGGCAAGAAGUUGUGUUGGAGAGUCCGACAAAGAGUAUAUGACAGAGAAGAAAGAAAGGACACCCUUAUCUCUCAAGUUUCCCAAAAAAAGUACGUUUCUCUUCCCUUACUGCGACGUGAUACUUUAAGUGAAUCAAUAGCGGUAAUUAGAGAAAGACUGGAGGACGAAUCGCUUAUAUUGAAGUUUGAGAGUAUCCACAGAAAACAAUCCGGAGAAACAACUAAUAUCGCAAAGUUAUCGGAGAAUGUACAGAAAAAUCGCUAUAGAGACAUUUCCCCGUAUGACACAACGAGAGUUGUUCUAGAAGACUGUAUCACAGGAGACUACAUAAACGCUAGUCAUAUAAAUAUGAUGAUACCAACCUCAAACAUUGUAAAUAGAUAUAUUGCCACACAAGGACCUUUACCAACCACAUGCAUUGAAUUCUGGCAAAUGGUGUGGGAACAGAAAUCGAAGUUAGUUGUUAUGGUUACAACCUUGCUAGAACGAGGUCGAACGAAAUGUCAUAAGUAUUGGCCAGAUAAACAUAAAACGGAAACAUUUGGUCAUUUGGAAGUCACCUGUAUAGUUGAAAUGGAAACGCCAUACCUUGUUCAUCGGGAAUUUUGUCUAAAAAAUAAACAGACAAAUACAGAAACGAAUGUUAUUCAAAUGCAGUACGUAGCGUGGCCUGACCACGGCGUUCCCAUUGAUGCCAGCGAUUUUCUCAGUUUUGUUUGGAAGGUGCGAGAGUACCGUGACGAGGUAAACGCUCCAACAAUCGUUCAUUGUAGUGCUGGAAUUGGAAGAACUGGUGUUCUUAUCUUAAUGGAGACUGCAAUGUGCCUUAUUGAAGCCAAUGAACCAGUUUAUCCUAUACAAAUCGUCCUGGAGAUGCGAAGACAGAGAGCCAUGCUGAUCCAAACAACUAGUCAAUUCAAGUUUGUAUGUGAAGCUAUUGUAAGAGUUUUUAACGAUGGUACAGUAAAACCACUGGAAAAAUUCAAUGCAUUAGGAAAAGUGCUGGCAUCAAGAGAAGACGAUAUAUAAAAAAUACCAACUGAAAACAACUAGGUUGAAUAAAUAGAGCGCCGAGUGGCCGACGAUUAAAACGGCAUUUAAUCGACUGCACAUCAUAACAACAGCUGCAGUUUAUGUUCGUUGUUUGAUCACUUCGAUGAUGGUUUUACAAACUUACUUGCUAGAUAUACCGUUGAACUCUUGAUUUUGUAUUUCACAAGCUUUAAAGGUGGAUAAUUUAAAUAGUUUGAGUCAUUCGUCUUACCCUUCAAGGAUUCAACAAAAACCAUCAGUUGAAGAUGCUAAUGGAAAACUACGAUAUAUUUCUUUACAGGCGAAUAUAAUUUGUUGAGGACUAUCAUCAAUAGUUAAAUAUUCUAGAACUUGGAAACGCUGAUCUAGCGUACUUAUACAGGUUGAACUGUUUGCUGAACGUAUUUUAGUAAGAAACUAAAACCCCAAGUUUUCUGUUCUUAAAGAUUAUAGUGAAUUUUUCUUCAGUAAAAUAUUUCCAACGAGGAGUUUUGCUGAAACCUUUCGUAUUUUUAUAGGUCUUUAAUUAAAUGCUGCAUCAAUGCUUACUAGCGUUACUAAUUAGAAACUUUAAGGACUGAAUUAUUCUAAUGAUUGCAACAUUGUAUGAGUCGUCAAUUUUUACAAUCGAGACAAAAUAUAAUACUAAUUACAAUACUAUUAUCAAAGAAUAAUACUAAUUACAAU